AAAACAAGAGCAUACCAAACAAACCUGAUUGGUUCUACUCAUUACGAAGGUCUGACUAAAAGAGGUUUUUUUUAAAAUAUGUUUUUAUUUUCAGUGAUCUUUAAUUGGAGGUGAGUCCCUCUCAAAGUACCAUGGCUCAAGAUCAUUGUUUGCAGCUGCUGCUCUACUGUACUUUAGCCAGCUUUUUUCAGGACAUCUCUGCUGUGGAUCACAUCCCUAUGCUGAUGUGGUCAACUUUCAGCUCUUUAUGGAAUAUGAAAAGUGCAAUAUAUGAAGGUCAUACCAUUAAAAAUCAUGAGCUGCAGACAUUCCUGAAACCAAUUUUUAACCAAGGCUCUCAGAAUGUUAUUCUUUUUUUUCAGAAUGAGCUUAGUAUCGAAGACUUCACACGUUAUGGUCCUGAUGAUGGCGAAAAAGAAAUAUUUUGCAAUAUCCAGCAAUUGCUUGAAUCCUCAAACUCAUCCCUGAUUCUGCCAGCAGUUGACUGGAGGGCCAUAAAACAAUUGCAGGAAAAUCAAAAUUGGACCAAAGUUCAAAUUGACCAUUUUGAAGAUACAGAACUGGAAAUAGAUCCUUCGAAACCAAAUUUAAUCAUCAUAAAUUUAACACCAGUCAACAGGACAAUUAAUUUGAAAUUGGCACAGACUCUAGCUGACAAUGAUAAAAUAAUUGGGAUGGCAACUAAUACUUUGAGAAAGAAAGGACUACACUUUUCUGGCAUUUAUACAGCUCUGAGACCUGGUGUGGUUAUUAGAAAGACUAAUGAUGGAGUGAUUCAAACUGGGCGGCGAUUAAUGACCACAGAUUCAACCAGCUCUGUUCCAUACCCGCCCCUGAACGUAACAAAUGGCACAAACAUGUGCAUUCUCUUUCAUGCUACCAGUCUGCAGCUAACAGCCAAUGGAACAUUAAUUGACUUGACCAACGAAACUUUUAUUUCCAAUUCAGUGGACUCUAGUAGCUCUGUAUGUUCAACCACUAAUACCACGUUAUCCCUCAAGUAUUCACUGCAAAAAAAUCCAAGUAUCCGCAUUAACACUCUGGAAAUCAGGUUUUUAAUGAGGACCAAGUUCUACACUGGAUCAGCACGAAACUGGUUCAGGUUGGAUUUUGUUGAAAUUGUGCAGGACGAGCUCAAUAUCGCAAUGUUUAAUGCGUCCAGUAUCUCAGCACCACAGGAGUAUUCCUUUCACUGUCAGUUAGUGGGGACCAGUAGACUUUAUGGUGCAACGCUUAUUCCUGCUAACAAGGCGGCUGAAGCCUGGACCAUCACCAUUUCUGAAUUUCAGAUUCAGGGUUUCAAUGUGGAGAACAACCUAUUUUCUUAUGCAAGUGACUGUACCUCGUUCUUCACUCGUGCAAUCUGGAUGGCCCUGGUGACAUUGCUGGUUCUUUUGUAUGUCCUUACCUAUGGCAUCCACAUGAUCAUGCAGUUGACAACUAAUGACCGUUUUGAUGACCCUAAAGGCCAGGCUCUAACAGUCCCCCAGACUGACUAAGUUUGUGAUUUGAGCCGAAUACACAUAUCUCCUUUAAUAGUCUUUUGCAUUAUCUGAAUCAAAUUUGUGCAACAUAUUAUUUUACAUAUUUCACCCUUCGCACAGUGAUGAAGUUGGUUAUAAUUUCAGAGCAUUGGAUUCAGUCUGGGCAUAUAUUUAUACUGAACCUCCUGGAAACUCGGGAAAAUUGACCAGAGGAAACACUACCCAAAUUGCUCAAUGACUGCAGUUUUCAAACUAUCAAAAAGUAUGAAUAAAAACAGCCAUAAAAAUGUUCACAGGUGUAGGACCUUUUGACAGAGGAAGAUAAUUUGGAUGCAAGAAAGUAGGGACAAGAUGGAGGAUAAAAUUACAUGAACAGAUGCAAAUGACAUGUAAACAGAAAAUGCUGGUAAAACUCAGCAGGUCUAACAGCAUCUGUGGAGAGAGAAAGGGAGUUAAAGAGAAGUAGAAAUGUAAUGGAUUUUAUAUAGUUUAAGAGGGGGUGGUGCUCCAUUGAAUUUUUGCAGGUCCUGUAACCAUCAGAUAAAAUUUAACUGCCCAAGACGCCUCUGAAUGCAUAUUACUACAUGUCUGCAAUACUGGAGAUUGUGAAUAAUAUGGAAAUCAGUGAAACAGAUAGUAGGAGAUGAACAUUUACUGCUGCAGUAGGGUGUGCUCUUCCAUAUUUAGUGGUGAACAGUCAGCCCAAGUAUCUGAAUCCUUAAAUUGUGUUACUGAGUCUAAAUAGAAUAUUUUUUCUCCAAUUUUCUUGCCACCCUGGCAAGCAUUAUUAAAUGAUAUUGUACCUUGGUAAAAUUGUUUAUUUUUCCUCCAAUAUUCUUGCCACUUUGGCAAGUACUCCUUAAAGAAUGUACCUUGGCUAAAUCAUCUUGUUGGUCUCCAAGCGAGAAUGGCGAAAUGUGUAAAUGAGAGUGCAAAGUAAUGAACAUAUAUAUGUAAAUUUAAAUUCAGAUGAUCUACUUAAAUAAAGGCAAUUUAAUUGAGUGGCUGCUAUUAGACAGUUCAUAUAGGCAGCAGAUACUGUGAUGUAGUAUGGGGUGGAAUGCUGCCCAACCACCAUAUGGAUUUAUUUUAACAAUUUUUGGGGCUAUUUGCGCAGGUUUUAAAAUGGAAAUAUAGAUUUAGUUGGAGCACUGUCUGGCAAAUUUUUUUUCUUUAAUUUUGCUCAGAAGGAAAAGCAUCAUUGGCUAUCAUCUCUGAAAUACCUACUUGCAAUCUGGCAAAAUUGUAUGUAAAACUAACCUGUUAAAGAUUUGAAUUGGAUCAUUGGGUCCUUGACUCUCAAAAGAAAUACAGAGCUACCAAGGCCACUUCUCAACACCUUUGAAUCACAGAUGGAACAUUUGUCAGUCUAUUUUAUCUUUGGUGGUGAAGUUAACACAAUAAUCUGUUGACAGAAUGCAGACACAUCAUACUAAUGUACUCAUUUGUCAAUCUGACUGCAAAAUUAGACACAGACUAUGCUCAACUUCUUGAUUUAUCUUAGGUGAUCAUUUAGCAAUAUAGAAUGUAAGGGUUAACCACUCCACAACUUCAUUUUUAUGUUUCAUUAUGAUAUUUUUAAUUUGCCAGAGAAUGGAGUGAACAUGAUAAAAGAUGGUGUCUGUUUUAAAACUUGUUAUGAUAUGGCAAGUGGUACUUGCCAGGCUGACCAAAUCCCAAAGGGAAACUUGGCCAAACUAUCACAACAAUUUUGCAAUUUGUAUUUAUUACGAGAAGGUAUGUACACUGAAGUCAGAAAUAAAGAGUCCACUACCAUCUUUAGAGAGCUUAAGGAUUAAGUUAAAACAUUAACAAAAGAAACAAAGAAGUUAAACACACAAGAUCACAGUUACACUGUUAAACUUAGUCUUAUAACAAUUCCCAAAAGAUUUCUACUUAGCUAGGCUCUCAACUACACACCCCUUUUCACGCAACAGUCUAAAUAGAUUCUUAAUCUAAAAAACAUCCAGCAAUAUUACCACAAGCACCCACUGUUGCUAUAAGGGAAGUGUUUCACUGCUUCACUCUCCCUCUCACUCGACAACAGAGUUCCAAGGCUUUUAACAAAACCUUUCUCUCUGCAACAAGCAAAUGCUUCUCUGGUGACUAGAGGCUACUUUUUCACAGGUCUGUUUCACAGUCCACUUUUCAAGAACUCACAUGGCCACUCCCCUUACAGCUUUCCAUCUUUCUUUAAAUGUAUUUUCUCCCUUUUGAUCUGUAAAUCCCGUUGUUUCACCCUUUCUUUGGAAGGUACUUUUCCCAGAAUAUAAAAAUCUUUCAUGUUGUCAUUAUGGCCUGCACUUUCAGGAAAAAAUAAACUUAAUAACUUUGUCUUAUCUAUUUUGCCAGUUGUAAAACACCUUUUCCUAUUCCUUUGAAAUUCAAACAACCUCUCAACUUAUCUACAAAUGAAAAUGUUAGGCCUGGCCUAUUUAUCUAUCUUACAUAGCUUAUCCAUUUCCAUUUUAAAAUGCCUGUUUUACACUUAACCCAUUUAAUGAUGCAAACCUUGCAGUCUGACCAUAUUUAUUUUAAUUAAAUCAGUCUCUCUCACACAUACAUGCACACGCGCACACACACACACGCACACACACACACACACACUCUCACAUACAACACAGCCCCCACAAGCCUGCUUUAAAGUAUCUCACAGUAAUAUUAGGAAAAAAUAAUAUUUCCUUUAUAAACUCUUGUACAAAUGUAACUCAUAUAUGAUAGAGCAUUAACGCUCUGCCUCCAUAGUCACUGUACAAAUUUGGAGAAAAAAAUUGGACUCUACCAAGAUUCACUUUGCUUAACAGUCUAUCUAUCUCUGCAGCCAAUUUUGAAAGAGGUUUGUCCCUCUGGACUCUCCUCAACAUCUGACAUUAUUUGUGCAAGUGAUGGAAUUGAAAGCUGGAACGUACUUGGAAUGUUAUGUCAACUAAUGAUUAUGUGAAUCUAAGUAAUAAAUGCUUUGGCUGGUAAUCUA